AUGCCCGCGUCGACGAGCUAUUGGACCGUUUGGGAAGGGCCCAGUUCAUAUCCACUCUCGACCUUACAGGAUCAGACGGACGCCUCCGACACCAGGUUGGGAGCCGUCCUAUUGCAGGGCCAUGAUGGUGAGAAACACCCGGUGAUGUUCAUAAGCCGAGAGCUGACCCCUGCAGAACAACGGUACACCACGGUGGAGAGGGAAGUGUUGGCCGUCAAGUGGGCUCAGAUUGUGACCUUUCAUUCCCGGAUAAAUAAACUGGUCUCAGGGAAACAUUGCAAAAUCACUCGAGAUGAGAACUCAGGACAGGUGUGGCUGCAGGACAUGAGCACCAAUGGAACAGUGAUCAACAUUUCCAAAGUGGUGAAGAAACAGACACACUUACUGCAGAAUGGUGAUGUCAUUCACUUUGUGUACAGGAAGCAUGAGCCAGAGGAAAACAUUGCUUAUGUUUAUCAGGCCAUCGGGCCACAGGAAAGUGCCUCGCAGGACACCGAAGUUUCUGAAAGUUAUGGUGCGUUCACACCAGACGCGAAUGAAGCGUUAAACGUGAGUGAUUUACAUUUUAAGUCCAUGCAAAGACACGAUAGAAAUGUUUCUUCUGAUGGAAGGGAGUCUGGGUGCCCUCUGCCAGAACCUGCUUCUGCUGCUGUACCCACAGGUGUGUACAGCCAAUAAUGACCAUGUUCACACGCAUAUGACAUUUACAGUAAGCACUCGUGAAUAAGCCAUGUGAAUAAGUUUAAUCCUUUUUUCUUUUAUCGUUUCAUUGCACAAAAUGUGUUCUCCUUUGAUACAGUGCAACCAAGAAGAAGAGCACAGAAAAGGCCUAUGGAGCGGUCAUCGGAGGUGAAGGGUCAGCUCCUAGAAGUUCCCCAGACCCGUCCUGUAGCUCCAGCGCCGCCUCCACGCUCCGAGGAUGAGCUCUUCCUCUUGAGUCUGGCCCCUUCCCUGCAGAGUUUGCCACCUCAGACAAAAGAAUUCGUCAAAUUUCAAAUACACAAAUUAAUCUAUGAAAGCAGCUCAGCUCUGCUUAAUUUGGAACAAUUGGAGCUUAAACAGUAGUUUUAAAAAAGAGGCAGCAAUCUCUGCAGGGAAUGAACCAGACUUUCUCUCCUUCACUUUGGCCCGCAAGAUCCUUUUUAUUCCUGCAUGUAAAUAG